GGUGGAUCCACCGUCAACACGGCGCGAAAAAGUACAGUGGAAUCCGUCCGCGUAUGGUGUCGUCGUUGUGCGACGACCCCUGAACCCCGGCGUCCGGUUUUUUUUUUCUGUAUCGUUCGCGUGUAGUGCUCGAAGUCGAUUUCCUCUCUUUUACGUACGAUAUCGCGUGAAGCGAACACGGCCAGUGCGUCGUCAUAUCUCAUUUCGUGCUACCCGACGUGAAACGUUCUCUAAAACCGUCGACAAUGGCGAGCACCCGUCGUUCCAGCGUCUAAACGCGCGGCUAGAUUCGAAAACAGACUGCCGGUUACGCAAACGAUCGCGCACAGACGAGCAGCGAGUGCUCCGAAGAGAUUCGUAGCGUAAACAAGACCAAGCCCAGUGGCGGGAUCGACGCCUCGAGAGGAUAGAAAACGUUUGCCGUGGAAGUAUUCGAACCUGGAGACAGAGGAGGAGUCCCGCCAGAAAGGGAACAGACCCUCCAUCGGGCCCACCCUUCGGUACAAUUACUAAUUUCGUAAUCGUUUGUGACACGGAAACGGUGUCGUCGAGCCGGAUGGGUGACGUUCCGACUAUUACUCGAACCUCGAUAUUCCGUACCGACCCCGACAGAUCUUGACGCCGCCUGUGAAAGUAACGACCAAAGAAGUUCAUGUUACGAAUCGUUAGACGCUUUAUCGCGGCAACCGUUCGGCGUUAGAUUCAUUUCGUGUCAAGGCCCGAAAGUUCGUGUAAUAUUCCAUUCGUUCGAAGUUCAAUUCAGGAAUUGAACGCGAUUUUGUAUAGUUUUCGUUAUCAACGCGUGCGGUACGCGUGUCGCUGAACCGAGAGUUCGGGAGUAACCGUGAUAUCAAGGGUGAAGUGUACACGAGUGUGGACGUAAGAGAGAGUCGCGGCCGAGGAUAUGGAAAGGGGCCCUUGAUCCUUCUAAUUGUUCCAAGGUCUCAAUCACGAUCGUCAACGUGUCUCCCGAGACGAUCGCUCAGCUGUUCUACUGUCUGCUACCUUUCGUCGUCGUGUUCUCGUUCGCCGCGCUAACGCGUCGAUACGCACGCCUUGGAAACAUUUGGCCGGAACGACUUCAGGAAGGCCGGCUACUCGACAUUCUCCGAGUGUUUCGUUUCGCGUGCGAUUCUAGGGUGAUCGAGGGUAACACCAACCGCGUAGACAGAGAGCCUGGCGUUCGAGGAUCGAGAGAGGACGAGAACGAUUUUGUCGAUUCCGUCGUUACGAUGUCCGAAAAUCCAGUAAGCUUCGUGGUCGGGGAUCCCGACGCCGAUCCAAACGGGGAUUUGGAGAUAGAGGAAUUGGAGACAGAGGAUAGCUUUCCAGACGAAGGGUCCGAACACAGCGUUCUCCAGGCGCAGCAGAAUGUCCUUCCAGGAUUGGUCGAACGCCGCAAGCGGCUCAGGCCCAGCAUGUCGCAGGGCACGGUGAUGAUCCAAGCGCAGAGUAGGCUCCAAGAAAAGGACUUCACCAUCGCCACGCCUGAGGAAUUUGUUCAUCGUUUCGGCGGUAGCAAAGUCAUCAAUAAGAUCCUCAUCGCUAACAACGGAAUAGCAGCGGUGAAAUGUAUGCGUUCGAUUCGUCGUUGGUCCUACGAGAUGUUCAAGAACGAACGCGCUGUGCGCUUCGUCGUGAUGGUCACCCCGGAGGAUCUGAAAGCGAACGCGGAAUACAUAAAAAUGGCGGAUCAGUACGUGCCUGUGCCCGGUGGAACGAACAACAAUAAUUACGCCAACGUGGAGCUGAUCAUCGACAUCGCCAUACGGACCCAGGUUCAGGCGGUGUGGGCGGGAUGGGGUCACGCUUCUGAAAAUCCAAAGUUACCGGAACUGCUUCACAAAAAUAACAUCAGUUUCAUUGGGCCAUCCGAAAGAGCGAUGUGGGCUCUUGGAGACAAAAUCGCGUCCAGUAUAGUAGCGCAAACCGCGGAGGUACCAACGCUUCCUUGGUCAGGAUCAGAACUGAAAGCUCAGUACAGCGGAAAGAAGAUAAAGAUAUCUUCCGAGCUCUUCAAAAAAGGAUGUGUAUCGACAGCUGAGGAGUGUAUAGCAGCGGCCAAUAAAAUAGGCUUUCCCAUAAUGGUAAAAGCCAGCGAAGGAGGUGGUGGUAAAGGUAUCAGAAAAGUAGAGAAUGCUGAAGAAUUGCCUACGUUGUUUAGGCAGGUACAAACUGAGAUACCUGGAUCUCCUAUAUUUAUUAUGAAACUGGCAAAGUGUGCGCGACAUUUGGAAGUUCAAUUGUUGGCUGACAAUUACGGGAACGCGAUUUCGUUGUUCGGUCGUGAUUGUUCCAUUCAGAGGAGACAUCAAAAGAUCAUCGAGGAAGCUCCGGCCGUGAUUGCCAAACCUGAAGUUUUCGAGGAAAUGGAGAAAGCUGCCGUAAGGCUGGCCAAAAUGGUUGGGUAUGUCAGCGCAGGUACUGUCGAAUAUCUUUACGACACUUCCGGGCGGUAUUAUUUCUUGGAACUAAACCCACGUCUCCAAGUGGAACAUCCUUGCACGGAGAUGGUGUCGGAUGUAAAUUUACCUGCGGCCCAACUUCAAAUUGCCAUGGGAUUACCGCUUCACCAUAUUAAAGAUAUUCGGCUUCUUUAUGGUGAAAAUCCGUGGGGCGACAGCGUCAUCGAUUUCGAUCAGCCGCAACAUAAACCUCAGCCUUGGGGUCAUGUUAUCGCGGCGAGAAUUACUAGUGAAAAUCCUGACGAAGGUUUCAAGCCAAGUUCGGGUACUGUUCAAGAAUUAAACUUCAGAUCCUCGAAGAAUGUCUGGGGUUACUUCUCGGUAGGAGCUUCAGGUGGUCUUCACGAAUUCGCCGAUUCACAAUUUGGCCAUUGUUUCUCCUGGGGCGAGGAUCGUAAUCAAGCUCGAGAAAAUUUGGUCAUAGCAUUGAAGGAGUUGUGCAUCAGAGGAGAUUUCAGAACGACCGUCGAAUAUCUAAUCACAUUAUUAGAAACGGAAUCCUUCCAACAAAAUACUAUAGAUACAGCUUGGCUCGACUUGUUGAUCGCUGAACGUGUUAGGAGCGACAAACCGGACGUAUUGUUGGCGGUAACGUGCGGUGCGCUUCAUAUCGCUGAUAGGACUAUUACUGCCGCUUUUACUGGAUUCCAAACAGCAUUGGAAAAAGGACAAAUACAAGCUAGCAAUGAUUUAGAGAAUGUCAUGGACGUUGAACUCAUCAAUGAUGGAUACAAAUACAAAGUACAGGCUGCCAAGUCAGGUCCUAAUAGUUAUUUUCUUGUCAUGAAUGGUUCCUAUAAAGAAGUAGAAGUACAUCGAUUGUCGGACGGAGGUUUGCUGCUCUCUCUGGAUGGUGCUAGUUUCACAACUUACAUGAGAGAAGAAGUAGAUCGUUACAGAAUCAUCAUAGGAAAUCAAACGUGUGUCUUUGAAAAAGACAACGACCCCUCUUUGCUGAGAUCACCUUCGGCCGGAAAAUUGGUUAGCUUUUUGGUCGAGGAUGGCGGUCAUGUUAAUUCUGGGCAAGCCUAUGCAGAAAUCGAAGUCAUGAAAAUGGUAAUGACAGUAACGGCAGGCGAAGCUGGCAGUGUUUUUUAUGUUAAAAGGCCAGGCGCCAUCCUCGAAGCCGGUACGUUGAUUGCACAUUUGGAAUUGGACGACCCAUCAUUGGUAACAAAAGCUCAAGAAUACCUGGGUCAGUUCCAGGAAACUGAAGCUCCCGGCGUAUCUGAGAAAUUGAAUCAUCUUCACACUAAGUAUCGAAGCUCUUUGGAAAAUAUUUUGGCAGGAUAUUGUUUACCAGAUCCGUAUCACCUACCGCGAGUGCGCGAGCUGCUUGAAAAAUUUAUGAAUUCCCUUCGCGAUCCUAGCCUGCCUUUGCUCGAGAUUCAGGAAGUGAUCGCAACGAUAUCGGGUAGAAUUCCAAUUUCCGUUGAGAAGAAAAUAAGAAAACUGAUGUCACUUUAUGAAAGAAACAUCACCUCAGUUUUGGCUCAAUUCCCAAGUCAGCAAAUUGCUGCUGUGAUCGAUGGACACGCAGCCAGUCUUUCGAAGCGAUCUGACCGAGAUGUCUUCUUCUUAACCACUCAGGCUAUAGUUCAGUUAGUACAAAAGUAUAGAAACGGAAUACGAGGAAGGAUGAAGACCGCUGUUCACGAACUUCUUCGACAGUACUACACCGUUGAGAGUCAAUUCCAACAAGGGCAUUAUGAUAAGUGCGUUUCAGCUUUAAUAGAACAGUACAAAGAUGACGUGGCUACGGUAACGGCUAUGAUCUUCAGUCACAAUCACGUCACAAAGAAGAACAUCUUGGUAACUAUGCUGAUAGAUCAUCUAUGGGAGAACGAGCCUGGACUUACCGACGAAUUAUCAAGUACGUUAACAGAACUGACGAGCUUGAAUCGUACGGAACACAGUCGGGUUGCAUUGCGUGCCAGACAAGUCUUAAUCGCCGCUCACCAACCAGCUUACGAAUUGAGACACAACCAAAUGGAAUCGAUAUUCUUGUCGGCGGUAGACAUGUACGGUCACGACUUCCAUCCAGAAAAUCUACAGAGACUGAUUCUCUCUGAAACUUCUAUUUUCGAUAUACUACACGACUUCUUUUAUCAUUCUAAUCGUGCAGUUUGCAACGCCGCCUUAGAAGUUUACGUUCGCAGAGCAUACAUCAGUUACGAAUUAACCUGUUUACAACAUAUAGAACUAUCAGGCGAAGUGCCACUCGUACACUUCCAAUUUUUGUUACCCAACAAUCAUCCCAAUCGUCAGAAUCAGUCUCUAGUUAAUCACAGAAUCGGUGCUAUGGCAGCUUUUCAAGACAUGGAACAAUUUGUCCGGUAUUCGGACGAAGUACUUGACCUCAUGGAAGAUCUGUCUUCGCCAAUUACAAUUUCUACCAAGGUUUUGGAUGCAGUGGAUGCAGCGGGAAGCGAAUCAAGGCACAGUACAUCUAUAAACGUGUCGCUGAGUACUGCAGAAACUACUGGUCCGAUCGUAGAAAUUGGCGAGAGACCUGCAGAACCAGUACACAUUUUAAGCAUUGCUGUCCAAGAAAUGGAUAAUUACGACGAUGCUAUUAUGGCAAGUUUAUUUGGUGAAUGGUGCGCCACAAAUAAGGAGGAAUUGAUAUCACGGGGUAUCAAAAGGAUCACGUUCGCUGCUCUAAAGAAAAAACAAUUCCCAAAAUUCUUUACGUUCCGUCAAAGGGACGGUUUUAUGGAAGAUAAGAUUUAUCGACAUUUGGAACCUGGUUGUGCCUUCCAAUUAGAAUUGAACAGAAUGAGAACCUACGAUCUCGAAGCUUUACCUACCUCAAACCAAAAGAUGCAUCUCUAUCUUGGUCAUGCAAAGGUUGCCAAAGGCCAACAAGUCACUGACUAUCGUUUCUUCAUUCGUUCGAUCAUACGACACUCCGAUCUGAUCACGAAAGAGGCUAGUUUUGAUUAUCUUCACAACGAAGGUGAACGGGUUUUGUUAGAGGCCAUGGACGAAUUAGAAGUUGCAUUCUCUCAUCCAUUUGCGAAACGUACAGAGUGCAAUCAUAUUUUCCUGAACUUUGUACCCACGGUUAUUAUGGAUCCUGCGAGGAUAGAGGAAAGUGUGACCAGUAUGGUACUCAGAUACGGCCCAAGAUUAUGGAAAUUACGAGUACGUCAGGCUGAAAUCAAAAUGACAAUUCGUCCAUCCCCGGGAAAACCAAUAUCUACUAUACGCUUGUGCAUCGCCAAUGAUAGUGGUUAUAGUAUAGAUUUACAUCUUUAUACAGAGGCAACCGACCAAAAGACUGGUAUUAUUCGAUUCGAGUCCUGUCCUUCGGCGAUGGCAAACAAUACCUGGAGACCAGGACCUAUGCACGGUCUACCGAUCUCCACGCCAUAUUUAACCAAAGAUUACCUUCAAGCGAAACGGUUUCAGGCUCAGAGUGCUGGUACAACUUAUGUAUAUGAUCUGCCAGAUAUGUUUAGACAACAAACAGAAAAGUUCUGGCUCAAAUAUAUAGAGGAACGACCAAAUUGCAACAUAAGUAUUCCAAAUCCCAUUAUGGACUGCGUGGAAUUAGUGUUGGAGGGUGAUAAUCUAGUGGAACAAAAACGUCUUCCCGGCGAGAAUAACGUAGGCAUGGUAGCUUGGAGGUUCAGACUUUACACGCCAGAAUAUCCGGAUACUGGUCGAGAUGUUAUAUUAAUCGCAAAUGAUUUGACGCAUUUAAUUGGUUCUUUCGGCCCGAAAGAAGAUUUACUAUUCUGCAGAGCGUCCGAAAGAGCCAGACAGCUUAGAAUUCCCCGAAUUUACUUCUCCGCGAAUUCUGGAGCACGUAUUGGUCUGGCGGAAGAAGUGAAAGCGUUGUUUAAAAUCGCUUGGGACGACGAGAAAGAACCAGAGAAAGGCUUUAAAUAUAUUUAUCUUACACCGGAUGAUUACGCGCGUUUAGCACCACUUAAUUCCGUGAAGGCUUCAUUGAUCGAGGAUCACGGUGAAUCCCGUUACAGAAUUACAGAUAUCAUCGGUAAAGAUGAUGGUCUUGGUGUAGAGAAUUUGAAGUAUGCUGGUAUGAUCGCUGGAGAAACAUCCAGAGCUUACGAGGAAAUAGUCACGAUUUCCAUUGUAUCCUGUCGAGCUAUUGGUAUUGGAGCUUAUUUAUUGCGUCUUGGACAGAGGGUCAUUCAAAUAGAGAAUUCGCACAUUAUCCUAACUGGUUAUAAAGCAUUAAACGCGGUAUUAGGUCGUGAAGUAUACGCAAGUAACAAUCAAUUGGGUGGUAUACAGAUUAUGCAUUACAAUGGUGUUUCGCAUACGACCGACGAAAGAGAUUUAGAUGGUGUUGAAACUGCUCUAAGAUGGUUAAGCUUCUGUCCUAAACAUAAGGGUGCGCCUCUUCCUAUUUUACCAUCGCCGUGCCCCGAUCCAAUCGAUAGAGAAACUACUUACGUUCCCACGAAAGCAGCCUACGAUCCAAGAUGGAUGCUCGACGGCAGAUAUUUGCAAAAUGAAACAAACACUUGGGAAAGUGGAUUCUUUGAUCGUGGCUCUUGGCAGGAAAUAAUGAGACCAUGGGCUCAAACUGUGGUAACGGGACGAGCCAGAUUGGGUGGAAUACCAUGCGGCGUUAUCGCGGUAGAAACAAGGACUGUCGAGUUGCAUUUACCUGCUGACCCUGCUAAUUUGGAUUCAGAAGCUAAAACCAUAUCUCAAGCUGGACAAGUGUGGUUCCCUGAUAGCGCGUAUAAAACCGCACAAGCUAUCAAAGAUUUCGGAAAAGAAGAACUACCACUUUUCAUAUUCGCCAAUUGGAGAGGAUUCUCUGGUGGAAUGAAAGACAUGUACGAGCAAAUCAUAAAAUUUGGCGCCUACAUCGUAGAUGGAUUAAGAGAGUAUACCAAACCAAUAUUUAUAUAUAUUCCACCGAAUGGAGAAUUGAGAGGUGGUUCGUGGGCAGUAGUUGACCCAACUAUAAAUCCCAGAUACAUGGAAAUGUUUGCUGACAAUACAAGCAGAGCUGGAGUUCUAGAAGCUGAGGCAAUAGUUGAAAUAAAGUUUAGAGCUAAAGAUAUACUUAAAACUAUGUACAGGGUGGAUCCAAUAAUUAAAAAAUUGAAAGAAAAAUUGUCUGGAGCCAAUUCACAAGAGGAGCGAACAGAAAUCGAAGCUGAAAUACAUAAGAGAGAACAACAAUUGGAUCCUAUAUAUCACCAGGUUGCAGUACAUUUUGCAGAUCUCCAUGAUACACCAGAGAGAAUGUUCGAGAAAAACGCGAUUCAUGAAAUUAUUCCGUGGCGAAAGGCGCGAAAAUUACUUUACUGGCGAUUGAAAAGGAGACUUUUGGAAGAUCAAUUAAUGGAGAAGAUUCUCGCGAUUCAACCCCGUCUCGACGUCAGACAAGUCGGUGCGAUGUUGCGUAGAUGGUUCAUAGAGGACAAGGGACCUACAGAAUCUUAUUUGUGGGAUAAAGAUGAAACGGUAGCAAAUUGGUUGGAGAGUCAACGUGAAAACGAAAACAGUGUCGUUUCGCGUAACAUUACUUGUGUAACACAAGAUGCGAUCGUCUCUCAAGUUAAGGAAGCUCUCGAAGCCUGUCCAGAAGUAAGGUUAACUGCAAUUCUAGAAAUCGCUCACAGACUACAGCCAGCGGAACGUGCAGAACUACACAGAACUUUAUCGCAGUUAGAAACGACCACUCAGGAACACCACAAUGACUCCAGCGCUUCAUCCUAAUAUUUUUUAAAUAUCACAGAAUUUUCUGUCUAUCCACGUACCUGGUGUAUGUAACUCCGUUAGAAUUAAUUGUACAGACACUCGUUUCUCAUCUUGUCAAUAGUAAAUUCUACGGGAAUAGUAUAAUUUCGCAAAGUUAAUAAUUGCUUCUAUCGAUAGAGUUACUUGAAGGUAGGGAGCAAAAUGAACUUGUGCUUAGUAAGGUUCAACGGUGAUGCUAUCGAGUGUCAGACAGUAUCACUGCCGAUUCCUAAACCGUGGCAAAGUAUGCCCAUUGUU